AUGGAGUUCCCUAUGAAGUUUGAUCAAAUCAAUGGCGUAGUUGUUAGUGGCGAGAGUCAGGCGCAGAGCUAUCGUAGGGACCGAGCUUCGAUCGUGGCCCCAGCUUCACGACCAGCUCGUUGGUCCCUUCUUGGGUCGAUUAUCGCCCUAUUUGUACUGAUUUGGUGGAACGUUUGGCCUGUCAGUCACCGCAACGAACUCUUCUCGGAUGUGGGCGUAGGCCCUCAUGUCAAGCCCGCAGAGCAAGUAAUUAGACGAUACAAUCUUACAGUUGGGGCUCGAUGGCUGAAUCUAGAUGGUGGCUUUUGGAGAGGUUUCUAUGUUUGCAAUGGAGAGACCCCAUGCCCAACCCUCUAUGCCGAGGAAGGGGAUAUUGUUGAGUUGAACGUCCACAAUGAUCUGUUUGCUCAGGUGUCUAUCCAUUGGUCGGGAAUGAAUCAUCGAAAAUUCGGGUUUUGGAACGACGGAACUGGAGGCCUGAACCAAUAUGGACUCUUGCAACGAGGGAACUUCACCUCCCGUUAUGAUACCACAGGACAUUGGGGACUGAACUGGUAUGCCGACCAUACUGGUCUGGGGAUCAUGGACGGGGCCCAUGGACUGACUUACGUCGCGCCGGCACCCGACCGCCCUCGUCCUUAUCGCGAAAUAACUUCGUCGCCCACAGACUUAUCCCUCAUUCACGAGGCAGAACGGAAUGCAAAACACAUGCUGAUUUAUAACUACUAUCGACGAGAUGCCGGAUGGCGGGUUAUGGAGUUGAAAGGCGAAGGGACAAACUUGAAUUGCUACGAUUCUAUCCUCGUUAACUCCAAAGGUCGACGACACUGCCGUCAUCCCGACUUCACUGAACUGGACGGAAACCUGUUAGAUGAGUCAGGUUGCAGAAUUGAAAACGGAAACGAUGGAGUUCGCUGCACUCCUACCAAGGCUGACUACGAGGUGAAGUUACUUCCACUUCAGAUGCGCAUGCAAUAUCUUUAUUUUUACUCACUGCUAUCUCAGGUAAUUGAAACCCACGGUAGACCUUGGAUCAUGCUCAACAUCCUGAACAUCGGAUUCGAGCAUGCUAUCCACUUCAGCAUUGACGACCAUAAGAUGUGGAUUGUUGCAAAUGACGGCGGAUUCAUCAAGCCAAAGCUUGUUGACGUUCUCUACAUCACAAAUGGGGCCCGCUACACUGUCUUGGUGAAGCUGGAUCAGCCAGGAGACGACUACACAAUGCGACUGGUAUCGACCAGCAAAUAUCAAAACCUCCAUGGCUAUUCGAUUCUUAGAUAUCCCGCGUUGCGCUACCCAGCCCAUGGCGCGCCGAUGGAAGUUCAGAAUCCACCAAGUGGCUCGCCGCCAUGUGUAAGACCCGAUGGCGCAGUCGCACCCUCAUGCAAAAUGGCGUCGACAGCGUCUAUGGCGCCCUACACGCUCAUUGCACCCCCAAAGGCCAACAGAACUCUUCACUUCAAGAUUGAUCAGCAGCCUUCGCGGUACGAGAGGCACGUCACCGAAUUCUUCCUGAACCAGAAGCCGUGGCAACUGUACCACUCACAGAUGGGACCGCUGCUCUUUGUUGACAACGUCUCGGCCGUGGAGGCCCCCGUGGUCGGUGGUUUGCCGUGGGGAACCACAGUCGACGUGAUCGUCCAGAACACAGUCGACGAGAUGAUGCCACUCUACAAGCAUGGCGACCCCAUGUUCCUUGUCGGUUCCCAGCCCAACGCAACCUGGAAAUGGGACACCGUGGAAGAUGCGCUCGCAGCCGGAGUAAAGCACCUCAAUGUCCGAGAUCCCCCUUUGCAGCUGGUUCAUGACGUGCCACCCCUGGGUUGGGCAGUACUCCGGUGGCAGAUUCGGGUCCGUGGGGCCACCAUGCUACACUCCAACAAGUUCAAAUACUACGCGAUGGGCAUGUCAGUACCCCUGCUUGAGGGCAUGGAUUCAAGCAUGCGGGAUGAGGUGCCAGAACAUGUGAAGCACAUGCCGCAUGUUGAAUUCGCGCCGAAGAACGACGGAAAGGUCGAGGCGAAGAAUGGCAUCGUCUAUGCCUAUCGACGGCUUGGCCCCGCCGAGGGUAUCCCUCUCGUGUUGCACAUGCAUGUGAGAGCCUCCAUGGGUUACUGGGAUCCCGUGUUCAUACGCCCACUUGCGAUGAAGCGCCCGGUCAUCAUGUUCGACCCGCCGGCAGUUGGACAGACCACUGGCGACACCCAACGCACCCCAAUCGACAUAAAUAUCAUGGGAGACGAUCUAAACGCAUUCCUUGAUGCCUUGACUCUCGAUUACAUUGACUUGCUUGGCUUCUCCAUCGGAAGCAUGGCCUGCCAAAUGGCAACGCUAUCAAAGCCAGAUAGAGUGAGGCGCCUGAUCCUAGUCGGCGCUGAUCCCUCCGGGCCAACCCCAGGGGACCACUUUUGGCCCCGGACCGACCCGAACCUGGAUCGUUUCCUGUCCUUGCAGCGCAGUGCCUCUGAGGCGGACUGGCAGGCCGCUUACACUCUCACUUUCUUUCGCAAUGAUGACCAGGGCACAGCGGCCGCCGACUCUUACUUCAAACGCUUGCGACAGAGUGAGUUCAACGAAAAUGCUGCCGAUGGAGCACUACCAACCUUCAACGACGUGGAAAGCUUCAUGAUACAGUUGGCGUGUAUCAAGAACUGGUGCGCGCCGGGUGACAAGAACAAACAUUCGUACUACAGACUUCAUGAGCUUACAAUGCCCGUGCUCGUGAUGACGGGCGAUGAUGACUACCUGGUCCCUACACCUCGGAGCUAUGAGCUUCUGGAUGGGAUACCCAACUGCAUGCUAGUCAUUUGGCCUCGUGCCGGACACGCGUCCAUCUGGCAGUAUGCUGAGAAUAACGCAGCCAGGGUCAAUGAGUUCUUGGACAGCAACCCUGACAAUUACGUGGAACCACGCUUAGUCGUGGGUUUCUUUCUUUCUGCGCUUGCAGUAGUUGUGAGUAAAGAAGUCCGGAAAUAUAAUCUCACAUUAACGUAUGCUUGGGAUAAACAAGAUGGUCAUGGCCGUCCGACCUAUCUCAUCAACGGAGACACUCCUGGGCCUGUACUCACCGUUGAAGAAGGAGAAACCCUUGAAGCAUUUGUGGACAAUCAACUACCAAUUGAAACCACUAUUCACUGGUAUACUCCUGUGCAGUCUAUUUUCCGUGAAAUUAGACAAUAUCUAAGGUCACACAGGCACGGUAUUUAUCAAAUUCACGAGCCCUGGAACGAUGGCGUACCAGGCGUUACCCAGGUAAGCAUUCCCGUAAACAUCACCUGCGUCAGCCACCGGUCAUCUAACAAUAUGGAGUGGGCCACCGAGCCCAGAGACAACUAUACUUAUCGAUUCACACCUGAAGGACAGUAUGGAAGCUACUUCUAUCAUGGGCACUUUGGCCCCGCCUUCUCUGAUGGCCAAAGGGGUCCGAUCUGGAUUGUGCCAGCUGCCUGGCGUCCUCGACCGUACCAUCUCAUAUCUGACAAUGAGCACGAUAUCCGGGCCAUGCGAGUAGCGGAGAGAAAUCCACGACACGUCAUUAUUGCCGACUGGAAUGAUCAGCCAAUGGACAUGUAUCUCAUCCGCUUCCGUGACACCGGAUAUAUCCCAAUAUGUGCCAACAGUCUGACUCUCAACGGGAGGGGUGGCACGCGAUGCGAGUCUGCUCGUGAUCUCGAAGAUGCUGGUGGACCUGGACGCAAUGAGAGGGGUUGUCGCUACCUAAUCCCUGGCCAUGAAUACACCAACCCCGAAUUCUGCACCGAGACACACCCGGAACUGGAAGUCAUCCAAGCUGAUCCAGAGGAAGAAUGGAUCUGGAUCAAUUUCAUCCACUCUGGAGCCCAUCAUUCCCUUGCUAUCAGUAUCGAUGAGCACGAAUUCUGGGUUGUAGGGGCUGAUGGAGAAUUUGUACAUCCGCAACGGGUGGUAAGGACUCAUGUCAAUCUCGGUGAAAGAACGAGCAUUCUAGUCAGAUUGGACAAGUCUGCUGGAGACUAUGCGUUGAGACUGCAUUCUCUGCGGUCUGAGCAGAUGAUUCAAGGAGCCGGUAUCUUGCGAUAUGCAGCAGCAAAGGAUCUAUCUAAGAGCUCCAAUCGAACAGUUCCCAGCACUAAACCAUGGCUACAUCUAAACGGUAGUCUUGUGGAUCCUGCCAACAAGGUCAUGGAAGAAACCAAGUUAUCACCAUUCCCGCCUCGACCGCCCCCUCAGAAAGCGGAUUUCACGCUCAAAUUCACAGUCAACAACGCGGGGCCAUCAACAUGGGUCCUCAAUGCGGCACCGCAUGAGUUCUUCCGUCAGAAUGUCCCUCCCAUUUUAUGGAACGAAAAGUCCCGCGGCAAGACGUCGUGGGGAAAUCCACAUGGGUUUCUCAAAAACGGAUCCGUCGUCGAUUUGAUCAUUGAGAAUGGAGCCAAAGUCGACGCCAGCCACCCUUUCCACAAGCACAACCACAAAGUCUUCAUCGUCGGACAGGGGCAAGGCGGUUUUCCUUGGAAAGAUGUCGACGACGCCAUCAAGCACGGGGGCGGGAAAUACUUCAACUUGGAUAAUCCACCUUACCGAGACGGGUUUACUUUGCAAGCGGGGGAAGGAAAGUUCGUCGUGGUCCGCUACAAGAUUUACUUUCCUGCUGUCAGCAUGCUGCAUUGUCACAUGAUCCAUCAUUUCGCGAGCGGGCAACAGGUCAUUCUGUUGGAGGGAAUGGAGGUCAUGCCUCCAGUGCCAGAGGAAUUGAAGAACAAGCCUCAUGUGGAGUUUCAGAUGCCUCCGCGGUACGGGCCGCUGGACUGA